UUCAAUCAGGCACUACGUGAGGGAAAAGCACGCAUAUCUCGCAUGCAGCUCACUGUCAUAGGGAAUGUAGGGGUCGGAAAGACCAGCCUUGUACGUUCUCUCCGUGGGGAGGAGUUUGAAGAAGAAAGAAAAGAAACUCGUGGAAUUGACACUUCCAUGGUCGAGAGGACAGAAUUAGACGUGUCGUGGCAUGCUACAGACCCGAACAAGUCUCAGGUGGAUGAAAUUUUAGCAGACCAAGUUUGUCUAGGAAUUCAACGUUCCCCAAGGGUGAGCCAUCGUUGUCACACUCAAGGGAGACAGUUGACUCGUUCUGAUCAAGGACCAUCCUUUUUACCAAGAGAGCAACAUUCUUCUUAUGUAAGGCGAAUUCGUAGCAUAGAAGGUCCAUCCACAUCAGGGGGUACUAGUGCAAGCAACGGGGAGCAGACAAGCUUAGCGACAGAGUCACCUGCCUCACUGCAUAGUCUUACUCGUAAAAGGAAGUCUUCACGUGAGAUGCCAAUCGAAGAGAUCAUGCGAAGGCUUAGUCUGAGUUCGGAAGCGUCUCUGGGUGAGAGCGAAAAGAGGUACGCUAAGAUCAGCAUUUGGGACUUUGCUGGCCAUUCGUUGUACGAAGCUAUGCAUCAUGUUUUCCUAAACAGGCGUUCCUUUUACCUUGCUGUGCUAAAUUUGACUCGGCUGUGUGACCUUAACAGUGCCAACCAAGUUCUAAAAGAGAUUCAUUAUUGGCUAAAUUCCAUAUGCGUGCAUGCUCCUCACACGACUCCCGUGUUCCUAGUGGGAACACACAGCGGCGAGGUGAGCGAGCAAGACAUGGCAACAGCAGAGAAGACGCUUUAUGAAAAAUUAAUUGAGAAGUUUGGUCAACAGCUUGUAAAAAGCAAGGAAAACAGUUUUCUCUUUCCAGUAGAAAACACCCUUGGUGGCAAAGAUCCCGGUGCAGAGGCCUUAAAGAAGGCCAUCGAAAAUGAAGCAACACGCCUGAGUAAAAUGGAUGAGGAGUUUCCUCUAUCGUGGCUAGAUUUUGAGGAGGUAAUUCUGAAGUGCAGAGAGGACCAAGACUUCCCGCCAUGUGUCCGUAAGUCCGACCUAAAACAGAUGCUGGAGCGGAGUACACCCCGUAAUAUCGAAGAUAGAGAGUUUGGAAGCAUGCUACAGUUCUAUCACGACAGUGGUGUAAUCAUCCUGCCAGAAGAGCUAAUUGGACCGAAGACACACCACUCUGACUUAAACGAUGUAGUGGUAGUCAAUCCACAGUAUCUCGUUGACGUCAUGACCCGCCUACACGAUAUUUCCGACCACCUGAAUAUUGAUCGUGAACAUCAGAGUCAGUGGGAGAUGCUGCAAGAGCAAGGAGUAGCCAACUUCAAACUUUUGGAGUAUCUUUGGAAAGACUUCAAAAGCCCUGCCACUCAGCUUGUUGGUAUCUUGGAAGCUUGUGGUAUGCUGUGCCCAAUCUCUUCUUCUGUAGAGGAUGAAGACCGUGAAGACGGUACUAAACCAGUUAAAGGUGAUGAGAAUGAAUCAGAGAUCAGCAAAUACAUCGUACCAUUUCAUCUAAAGGAUAAAUGCUUGAAAGGAAAGUGGAAUAAGCUUUGUCGGAAAAGAUGGACUGAAAUUUGUACCUCGGACAAAGUUUUAAUGUUUGAUUUCCGUAGUUUCCUGCCUCCUGCACUCUUUCACUACUUCAUUGUUCGCACUGGCUCUAGAAGCCAAUCCAGUAAUGGUAUGAGACCGAUCAUAGCCAAAAGGAUGGCUAUAUUCUCAUUUGGAGACAGUUUCUUCAUUCUUACAGAGAUGUGUCAGAAACACAACCAAAUUCGAAUUAGGGCCCGGCACAAAAAUACCAAAAAGCCUCAUGAGUUGUUUAACAUCUUGAUGUCGAUAAUGACAGACAUCUGCCAGCGCCAGUUCCGAUUUCUCAAGUUCAGUUUCGGACCUACCUGUCCCAACCCACGUUGCCCCGGGUCAUCGAGUGAAGGUAUAGUUCUUCCAGUGGACACCUCUUCUGACGAAAGUGAUGAUGGCGACGAUGAUGAGGCCGAGUGUGGUGAGCGGGAGUCCUCCGUCGACUCCUCAAGCGAAAGUGUUCGUCAUCACGUAAUUUACAUAGACCCGGCUGUCGCAACCAGGCCUUUGUGGUGUAACUCCACACCAGUCCAUGAAUUCGAAGAAAUCAAGCAGUGGCUUGUUAAGCCACAAAAUACCGUUUCCAAGGUCCCAGAGGACUCUCCUUGUUAUUCAAAACCUGUUAAGUCUUGCUGCCUUGCUUUAGUCGCUAAAGAACUGGCUUAUAAAUGGAAAUGGAUUGGAAGGUCUCUCUCGGUAGAAGACACAGUCAUUGAGACUAUUCAGACUGAAAAUCAUUCAGAGGAAGAGAGAGCUUAUCAAGUCCUCACCCGAUGGAGUCGAGCCACGGGAUCCAAAGGUACCGUACAUGAGCUAAUGAAAGCGAUCCAAGAAAUUGGCGACGUUCCACCUUUGGAGGCAUUUGAUCGACACCUUGGAGAUCGUCAUGUCCAGGCAGCUAAGCCUAUUAACUAGUUAUUCCGCUGCACUCUCGAAGGAAUUCGAAAUAUUAAUUGAAUUUUUUAAAAAUGGAGUCGUAAAUAAGGCCGUUCGUCUUUUUUUUCUCGGUUUUGUUGGUAAGCACGUGCCAACAAAUCUUACGUAAAUAAAUUAUUCUUGUGCUCGAAAAUUUUGAAAUUAACUCUUCAAUAAGACCAAGCUAAUUUUAUGUCAGUGCCAGGUUGUAAGUACUCACAUGAGUAAAACUGAUACGGUUGAAAUAGAAUUUUCAAUUCAAAUUGUUUGAUUUUGCUAACAACAGUGCUUUAAUUUCAACUUCCUUGGACCUUUUGGCGCUCAAUUUGAACUUUUGUCUCGGUGCACAAUCAGUUGACUUACUCUUAGCCGAUGGGCAUGCUUAAUUCCUUUUUUAUUUACAUGCAUA